UACUGCACACGGAUGAAGAUCCAUUUAUGCCAGAGACAGCUCUGAUUUGGUGAAUUAAGUCUCACCAUUAUGGCAGUAAGUGCGGUGCAUUUAGAGUCAGAUGCUUUUCUGGUGUGUAUGAAUCAUGCCCUAAGCACAGAAAAAGAAGAGGUAAUGGGGCUGUGUAUUGGCGAGGUUGACACAAAUCGUAUUGUCCACAUUCACUCUGUCAUUAUUCUGCGUCGAUCAGACAAGAGGAAGGAUCGCGUCGAGAUUUCUCCCGAGCAACUCUCUGCAGCCUCGACAGAAGCCGAGAGGUUGGCUGAAAUGACCGGGCGUCCUGUGAGAGUGGUGGGGUGGUACCACUCACACCCACACAUCACCGUGUGGCCGUCGCAUGUUGAUGUGAGGACUCAAGCGAUGUACCAGAUGAUGGAUCAGGGUUUUGUCGGACUUAUCUUUUCUUGCUUUAUAGAAGAUAAGAACACAAAGACAGGCAGAGUUCUCUAUACUUGCUUUCAGUCGGUUCAAGCCCAGAAAGGCUCAGAAUAUGAGAGAAUUGAGAUUCCGAUCCAUGUGGUUCCACACGAGGCCAUCGGCAAAGUAUGCUUGGAAUCAGCGGUGGAACUACCGAGAAUUCUCUGCCAAGAGGAACAGGAUACAUACAGAAGGAUUCACAGCUUAACUCAUUUAGAUCCAAUUACAAAGAUACACAAUGGAUCAGUGUUCACUAAAAACCUGUGCAGCCAGAUGUCAGCUGUAAGCGGGCCACUGUUACAGUGGCUGGAGGACCGGCUCGAGCAGAACAAACAGAGCAUCAUCGAGCUUGAGAAAGAGAAGGAGAGACUAACACAAGAGCUGGCUUCCUUAUGAAAACAACAACAACAACAACAUACAAAACUUAGAAUGUCAGCUUUAGCUUCCCUGUUGUAUUUUUGUUGUAUUUCUUUUUAAUUCUGAAUUGUUUAAUUGUUCUUGCACUGAAACAGUGGCCUUUCUUCCAUAGCUGCCAUUCAAAGAUCAAUAAAUGAAAGAAAAUGAUUGGACAGAAAACCAUAAGAAAAGGGAAAGAGAGGAGAGUUGCAUGAGAGCGAAGGUCAGGAACAAAUGCACAAAUGUACUCAGCCUCAGUAGCAGUGAUUUUAUAAUGUAAGACUACUCUCUCAUCUCUGACUGCAUCACAUUUUUAAAGCGCUUGCAGUAGGCAUUCUCUGAGCUAUGUUCAGUCUUUUUUGUACUCUUGUGCCACAGUAUGAACAGUAAUGCCCAGCUUCAGAUAGUGGGUUUUCACAUUAAAGUCCCAAUUAGAAACUGCUACAAGAAAUUAUGUUUGUGUUUGAUAUGGGGGGAGUGGGGUGUGGGCCUUUAUAAUGUGACAGCUUCUUCAGCAGUUUCUGACUGGGAAUUUAAAAGCCAUAAAAAAGAAAAUAAGUGAAAUGCACUUAUGAGACAAUGUUAAAUGUCACAAAAUUUGCAUCAUGUAGAUGGUUUCUUUAAAAAAAAUUGUUUAACAAUAGUUCAGUAUAUUCAUUUUUAAAUCUUCACCACCUCGUAAAUACAAUCUAAGAAUGGGAUAUACAGCAGUUUUUAACUGGUACUGCUUUUUUUGGACUGGGGGUGGGGUAAAAGUUUGAAUGUACAGAAAUGUCAGAUAAUGUGUUAAAUAAAAUUGAAUUUAAACAGAA